AUGACUGUAUCCGGAGAACAUGAACACAAAUGUGGACAUGAAUUAGAGGCAGCUUUGAUUGUAAGGGUCAGAUGCAAGAUUGCCACACCAGGAAGCAGCAGCAUAUUCGGGCCGCUCAAUCGACGCAACCCAUUCUCCCAGUUUCUGCAACGGCCAACUGAAAUGGGCGCCCCGCCUCUCCUACGUUCUUCGCCUCGACCUUUUCAACGACGAUCAUCUGCUCAUUCACUCAUCCAACCACGCAUUCAGCAAUCAUUAUUGCCGUCAUCCCAUCAUCAUUUUCCGGUAUUUCUGGGGAUAGCCUUACAACCAUUCGUCAUUUGUUCCCAACCUAUAAGUGCUUAA